AUGCGGAGGCGGCGGCGGGGAAAGUCCGGCCGGGCGGCGGCGGCGCUUCCGGAGGCGAUCGGGGCGCUCAGCUGGGCCUUACCGGGGGAGCGAGUCUCUCCGGAGACCUUCCGCUUGGCCAAGUUCGACCGGCCGGAGGCGAGUGUCGCUUUCUGGAAGCUGCUGUACUCUCUACUGAAGCUGAUCCAAGGCGGAGAAUGGAAGGAGCCUGUUGAUACAGGCACCCAGAUAUGUUUUGUUAAGAGUGUGGCCUUCAGCCGUGGCUACAGAAGGCUGGAAUUCUAUGAGCUCCCUUCUGAUGGUUCGGUGGGGAGCAGGGAGCUGCUGCUGCUGUUUUCCUGGCUCCUGUGCAGAAUCAACCUGGUGGAACAGCUUUUGAUGCUGAACAGAGUGAAGCUCUGGGAUGAAGUAACAGUGUGCACAUGUGACGCCACCCUGAGAAGCUGGAGGGAAGGGAAAGAUCCGGCUCCAGAAGCCCACUGCGAAGGCCAGAGAGAUGCCCGAUACUUGCAGUGGAUGAAUGGCCGCCUGCAGUUCCGAUGGCGGAGCUGGCACGCCGAACGGCAGGAGCAGUGCAAGCUCUGGCACAAGGUACAUUCAUAUACCGUUGGUUCUCAUGCUGACCCCACAAUUGGCCAUUUCUCCGUCAUGGAAGCAGAUGCUGUGAGACAACCGGAUACUUGCUCACAGAAGCUCAGAGAGCAAGAUGCAGUUGGCAUCCUGAAUACCUCUCAUCGUCCUCAGCUCUGUGACCGCAGCCACCACCUCUGUCCUGGAAAUUCCCCCCUCCCUCCUCUCCCUCAGGAGUCUGUUUUGGAUCCUGAAGUGGAAGACCCAGGACCUCACAGUGAAUGUCACAAACGCACUGUUCCACCAAACUCUGGCCUGACUUGCCACAGUGUGGUCAGAAUGGCGGAAGAAAUUGACAGAUGCAAGAGAGAUCUGCUGGCCCUCAGUGACACCGUGCAUGAACUCCUAAGAUGCAGAAAACUGAGCUGCCAAGGAAAGGCUGGAGUACAAAAGCGAGAACUGCUGGGCGAAAGGGAAUUCUGCAGGAUUGUCCAAAGAGCACAAGAAACUGUGAGGCGGAAACUAUCAGAUCUUAAAUGCCAGAGUAGUCCCUGUGGAGCUGAUGGAGUGCAUGGCCCGUACAGACUUGUAUUUACAGGGAAGCGUUCGCACACCAUUAAAACUGUUUCCAUCCUGCCAGAGGCGAAGAGAACUGUUGGGGAAGGAGUCACUGCAGCCCACAUAAUCAGUGAGCUGCGGAAGAGAAAAGUCGGACUGAUGGCUGAGCUGAAGCAGCGGCAGGAGGUGUGUCGGCGGAAGGUUGGGGAGGCUAUCGAGGGGCUCGGUCAAGUGCUGCUAAUCGCCCCAAUGAAGAGAUGAGAAGCAAAAGAAGGUGGACCAAUUGCCAAAUCUGGUAAGAUUAUUUCACCAGGAGAGGGAGCAGGCUUUGACCCUGGCCUCAGACACUUCACUUUAAAAAUCCAGCUUUGGGCCACGUACUGAAGUUACUUCCUUGCUUUGUUGGCGUUUGAGUCUGUUUCCUUCUUUUGAUGAUGGCGUUUUAUUUUUUAAUUUAUUCCUCUGAUUUUGUGUGUGUGUGUAAUUUUGAAUCUUAUUGCAGAAUAUAUUUCUUACAAUAUUCUGUACAUUGCCAUAUGUGUGUGUGUGUAAUUACUGUUUGCAGUUACCUGGUUGUGGGUGGGAAUUUAAAGUCUCCCUUCCGGCCCUCGUUUCCAAUGUGUGGGCAGUUCUCCGGGUCACUUUUGCUGAAGCGGUCCUGAACAAGAGGGAACAGUUCUGAGGUUCUGGAUGCAGAGUGCACAGGCGAGAGAUAACUGGUUCCAAAAGUCUGGGUAGGGCACAGUGAUGCCUGUGGGGGCAGCAUUGUUAAAACAGAUGAAAAGCACCACAAGUUGCUAAAGCAAGGGGGGUGAUCAUCAAACCCUGUCCAAGGCAGUUUCAAAAGGGGAUCCUGGCCCGUUGGGCUGGUCUUUGGACCACACCUUGAUCCGUGGAAUAGCUGAUAAGUAGUCGGGGCAGAAGGUCCAGCUUCUGA